UGAGCUAACUUCUUAUAAAUUGUGCACCGAGCCACACAGAAUGCAAAUGGCCAGCGGGGAUGCACGAACGGAUCAGGUACACCUACUGGAGUUGAAGAAGGCGCAUGUUCGUGAUUUGGGUGGAAUCCUCAAAGCAAUAUCGUUUUGUGAGAGUGGUACAUUUCAAGCGACACCUCAGGGGAUGCGCAUCAUUGUAGACGACAAUCAUUGUGAGCAAGCAAUCGCUUAUCUCUCGAACGACUUAUUUUCGUCUUUCAACUUACGUGAACAAACUGUGCUUUUCCGGGUUCCGCUAAACGUAAUCAAUGAAUGCAUAGGAAUGCAUACCGGCUCAGGUGCAACCUUGAAGAUGACAUAUGACGGAUUUGGUGAACCAUUGAAGUUGAUUCUUGAAGAAGAUGGAAUCGUUGUUGAUAUGAAUGUACAGACCUUAGAUACUCAAGAAGUACUUGAUUUUGAUUUUGACAUGGAGGACGUCACUUUCAAGGUGAUCAUGAAAGCAUAUAUGAUCAAAGAAGCGAUCAAGGAGCUCGAUUCCAGUAGUCCUACCGUCACAGUGACUGUGAAUAGCGAUGAGUUUCUGCUCAUAACAGAAGGAGAAAUUGGAAAAGCUGUGACGAGAUUUCCGAGGCAAUCUGAACAAGUCGAACGACUAGAGUGUCAUGAAGCAGUUACACACAAAUACUCGCUUGCCUUGAUAAGACAUAUGAGUGCAGCGUUUAUUAUUGCUAGUAAGAUCUCAAUACGCUGUGACUCUCGCGGCGUCCUUUCUGUGCAGUUUAUGAUCGAACAAAACGAGCAUAAGCAAGUUUACAUAGAAUUCUAUUGCGCACCACAAGUCGAAGACGAUUAACAACUACAUGGAAGACAGACGACGGACGAAGACCUAUGGCACUCACUGCCUGAAUAUCACUCAAAUGAUACUGUCACUUGUUAUCAUGUUGAUCUAGCCUCUGUAGCCUCACAAUUUGAUCUCGCCUUUUUGAAUACUUUUGGAGAACCAUAAGUGCGCUCAUUUGAUAAAC